AAUAUUGUAUGACGAUACAUCAUGUUAUGACACGACAUUUGCCGUGGUUAACUGUGUUCCAUUUGUUUUGAAUCUAAGCAACUGCUACAAUGCCGAAGAGAGGGAGAAAGAAGAAGAGGUCAACCCCUGUAACCAUUGAGAACGCCAGGAACAAUGAGACGACACCUGACUCGAUACGCCGUUACGCAGGAAAAAUUGUGGAAUACAUUGCCCAGUCAACCACUGCUUUCUCUCAGGAAGAUGUUUCCGGUGUUGGCCUACAUAACAUCUUGGGGAAGACGGUAGAGGGCCUUCUCCAAAAAGUGUGCGGAGGUGUCUCAAGCAUCCUGAACAAAUAUUUGUAUGGGGCGGGGGUGUUGUCUGAUGCGGUGAUCCCAGUAAAUCUCUUGCCUGUAACUCCAAAUGGGGACAAUCAGAAAAUGGAAAAAAGAUGGCAGGACUGCACUGAGGAAGACUGUGAACUGAUAAUUAUCCGACUGACAGGGACUGUAAUUAUCACCAUGUUGGAUAGUGUUAUGGAGAGUUGCACUAUGGACCCCACACACAGUUCAUUCUUAGAAGAACUGGGGCUCACCAUAGAAAUGGUAAAGAUCAUACGUGAAGUAGCAGAAUGUGCAGCAAACGCCACAAGUAAUGAUUUCAGUCAGUUCACAGUCGGAGGAGUUCCUCUCUUUCAGAGACCACUGAGCAAUCUCUCCUCUGGGCCCAGUCAACCAGCACCCCCCCAAAAUGCCUUGCCAACAUCCACUGUUCCCGCACCUGUCUCAAAGGUGAGCUCAGCCAGUCCCAGAUCUACUGACUCAGGGUCCUCACAAGUCAGGAAGCCAAGACAAUCAACAGAAGGAGUUCAGAGACUCUCCGAAAGGCAGCAGGACCCAGGGGAGGAGAUUACAUCUCUAGUGAUUGAAACUAUUCUACGGUCAGUAGCGGAUUUAGCCAGGCAUGGACUUCUGCCAAGCUGCACCCAGUAGACUGGAUGCCCCCUUUUUAUGGAGCUGAUGCAGAAAACAAACAUGUGAAGCCAAUUCAUAAAAACAUUCAUUAAACAAAUAUGUUGU